AUCUCAAGCGCUAGCAAAAUCUAUUAGGACGCCACUUCCUGCCUGUGGGGGUGGGGCCGGAAGUUGGCCUGAUAUUCCCAUCUUGCAAAGUGCUGCUUUAGGUAUAGUCUGAGGGAAACAACGCGGCCGCCGGAGAGGUAAUGGUGAGGUUACAUGGAUGCGGAGAAUAGUCACGAGGGCGGCUGAGACGCCUUGAAGACAAAGGGCCGGAUGGUACAUUACGGAUCUCUGCAGGGCCUGCUGGUUGCUCCUCAGUGCCACUUCUGCACGGUAAUUCAUGGCUGGGGACGUGGAAGGGUACUCUUCCUCAAUCCACGACACCAGUGUCUGUGCUGGCUUCAGGGCGCUGUAUGAAGAAUGCCUUUUGGUUGAUGUCACUCUCGUCAUAGAAGAUCAUCAGUUCCAAGCACACAAGGCUUUGCUGGCGACACAGAGUGACUAUUUCCGUAUUAUGUUUACCGCUGACAUGCGUGAGCGUGACCAGGACAAAAUCUACUUGAAAGGUUUAACUGCAACUGGUUUCAGCCAUGUGCUUCAGUUCAUGUAUUAUGGGAAUAUUGACCUUAGCAUGGCUACAGUUCACGAGAUCCUGCAAGCUGCUAUGUACGUGCAACUGACUGAAGUAGUGAAAUUCUGUUGCUCUUUUCUCAUGGCUAAAAUCUGCCUGGACAACUGUGCUGAGAUCAUGAGGCUACUGGAUGAUUUCAGUGUCGACGUAGAGGGUGUCAGGGAAAAGUUGGACUCCUUCUUGCUAGAGAACUUUGUACCACUCAUGUCCAGGCCUGAAUUCCUGUCUUAUUUGAGCUUUGAGAAGCUUAAGAGCUACUUGGAUAAUGACCGCCUAAGCAGGUUUCCUGAGAUAGAGCUAUAUGAAGCUGUUCAGGCCUGGCUGCGGCAUGAUAGGAGACGCUGGAGGCACACUGAUACCAUUAUUCAGAACAUCAGGUUUUGUUUGAUGACACCAGCUAAUGUCUAUGAGAAGGUGAAAACAUCUGAAUUCUAUCGGUAUUCGCGGCAACUGAGACAUGAGGUAGAGCAAGCCCUAAACUACUUCCAUAACGUCAGCGAGCAGCCUCUGAUGGAAAUGAAAUCAAACCAUAUCCGUUCAGCAAAGCCCCAGACUGCAGUAUUCCGGGGAAUGAUUGGACACAGCAUGGUUAAUAGCAAGAUCCUUCUUCUUCAUAAGCCUCGUGUGUGGUGGGAGCUGGAAGGUCCCCUCGUUCCUCUCCGUCCAGAUUGCCUUGCCAUAGUUAAUAAUUUUGUCUUCUUGCUGGGUGGAGAGGAACUCGGGCCUGAUGGUGAAUUUCAUGCAUCUUCUAAAGUAUUCAGAUAUGAUCCACGUCAAAACAGCUGGCUGCGAAUGGCAGACAUGUCUGUACCACGGUCAGAAUUUGCCGUCGGAGUCAUUGGUAGAUAUGUUUAUGCUGUGGCUGGAAGGACGCGGGAUGAAACCUUUUACUCCACAGAGCGUUAUGAUAUCAUAGAAAAUAAAUGGGAGUUUGUGGACCCUUACCCUGUCAACAAAUAUGGCCACGAGGGGACUGUUCUUAAUAAUAAAUUGUUCAUCACAGGGGGCAUUACCUCCUCCUCGACUUCCAAGCAGGUGUGUGUGUUUGACCCAAGCAAAGAGGGUACCGUGGAACAAAGAACCAGAAGAACACAGGUUCUAACAAACUGCUGGGAAAAUAAGUGCAAAAUGAAUUACGCUAGAUGUUUCCACAAGAUGAUUUCUUACAAUGGGAAACUCUAUGUCUUUGGUGGAGUCUGUGUUAUUUUAAGGGCUUCAUUUGAAUCGCAGGGCUGCCCCUCUACAGAAGUUUAUGAUCCUGAUAUGGAUCAGUGGACUAUUUUGGCGUCCAUGCCAAUAGGUAGGAGUGGUCACGGAGUAGCUGUGCUAGACAAUGAAAUCAUAGUGCUCGGUGGCCUCUGUUACAAUGGUCAUUAUAGUGAUUCCAUCUUAACCUUUGAUCCGGAGGAGAACAAAUGGAAAGAGGACGAGUAUCCCAGAAUGCCUUGCAAGCUGGAUGGUUUACAAGUAUGCAGCCUGCAUUUUCCAGAAUACGUUUUAGAGCAUGUGAAACGUUGCACAUAAAAAUAAGCAACUCUUGUUUUUAGAAUUUUUUUUAAUGUCUUAAGCAACUCUAUUCCCAUAGCUAAAGGCAGGUUCUCAUGGCAAUGACUAGUUGUUUUUCUUUGUUCUUUGAAAGCAUUAUAUGAAUCAGGAGGCCCAUUGUGAACUUGGCAGACUUCGGGGGGGGGUCCUUGCCAGGUUUUUUAUUUAAAUAUAUUUGGUCCAUUUUACAAUCUCUUGUCUGCAAGUGAAUCCACAGUUUCUCUCCUUGUAUACAGAUUAAAAAGCAAAUGUAAAAUGAAAAUAAUUUGGAAUGAGGUUGGAUGAUUAUCUUUUUUUAUUGUGUCAGGAUGGGAAGACAAUAUGUAAUUUCCAGUAUAUCCUGACUGUUUCACAUGCAAGUCCACAUUUAAUGAUAUUUACUUACAUACAGCAGAUGGAUUUUUCUCAUAAAAUUAUAUAAUUUCUUGCCAGACCCUGCAUAAUGUAAAGCCUACUAAUCCCUUCUAUCCCCUAUCUAAGAAACUAUGUAUGCUGCGUAGCUCUUCUGUUUUAUAUCCAUUAUUUAUUACUAUUGGUGCUAGGUCCCUGCAAAUCUGCCUGAUUUUUUUUUUAAUCCCCUUUAAUUUAUUAUGUAUUUUAUUGCACAUGGGCAGUGUUUGCAGUUGCAAUAUGUGUUAUUUGGGUAUUUCGAUUGAUAUUUACAUUUUUAGUAUAGUCUAGACAGUUCUAUUCCGAAACAAUUUGAAUUUGGUUGUAUUAACUGGUUGCUAGGGUCCAAUUUACCAUAGCAACCAGGCAGGCUUUUGAAUGAGAUGCUGAAAUAAGUAUAAGGGUCUGAACAGAAAAACACGUUUAAUCAAAACGAACAGUAAUAAAAUUAUAGUCCAUUGUUGUUUUUUUUUUUUUUUUUUUUUUGGCUGCUGGGGUUGCAAAACAUAUGUCCUAUAGCAUAUUAAAAGUUGGUUUUAGAUGAACUACAACUGCAGCAGAUUGUACCGGAACAGACAGGAGGAAUGAUGGGAGAAUCUCCAGGAUCUAUCGGUUUCUUGUGUAAAUCUAUUUUGAGAUAAAAUCUGUUGUGAAGCCCCUCUUGCUAUGUUGUUUGUGAUGGCAUACUUGAUUUGGCUACCUUGCACCAUAGGGCUACUGGGCAUAUCUGAAGACACUUCCUACCUCUCCUUUUUCAUUUGGAUUUUAUGUUAUAUAAAGGUCUGCAAAUUUUACUUAAAGAAAAGUGACCUAUGUACAAAGGUGCAUAAACAUUAUUUAAACUGACAAAAAUGUAAAUGUUUUUUUUCUGCACAGGCAUGCACGAUUGCUCAGUUCAUACGGAAGCCAUGAUGGUCUACCUUUAACUAAUAGAACCAAUUUUACAAUCCUCCCCUCAAAUCAGCAUACUCAAAGACCGCACCAGCCAUAAAAUUCUUUGGUUAAAAUGCCUUUAUUAGGACAUGGGUUCUGACCCGAAAAUUCAGCAACGUUUCAGACUGCCAUGAGUCUUUUAGAAAGUUAAAGUUAUUAUUUGCAGGGGGAUGGAUUUUUUCUAAUAUCAUUGUGACCAAACAUAAUGAAUUCUUUCUGCUGUAAAUAUGGCAAUGUAAUCCCCUUCAAUAUCAAUAAAUCUGCCCCUUAGGUUCCAGCUAAAUUCAAAUCCUGCAAAAAGUGCUGCGAUUUGGCUAAAUCUUGAAUUUAUGUUAUUUGUUCUUUUAAACAAGUUUGGUGUCAGGGAAAAAAACAUCUAUUCCCUUUUCAAGGUUAGUUGAAUGAUAAACAUUCACUGGUACCCAUGCGUGCUGCAUACAGAUUUAAUGGAAUGGGCUAAUUGACACAAGUGAUAUAGGAUAUAAUGUACCCCCACUGUAAAAUUAUAUGGAUAUUAGAAGUCACUGAAGAAUUCAUGUACCAAAUAAAGGCUUUCCUAUGGGUCAUGGAACUCCAAAGUAACAUUUUAUAGUUUCCUAUUUUAUAACAGUGGGUACAUUACUGUAUAUUAGCAUAAAUACAUCAAUCACGUCACACUAGUGACUACACAAAGCAAUGAUUAUAACUGAUGACAUCACUAAGCACUGAUUGAUAAGUAUAUAGCUGAAGGGUUAAUCAUGGCUCGUUUGUGACUUCUAUACACUUGUUUAGUAAAGCAUCGGAUAGCGAAAGCCCCAUGGAGUCUCUGUUGCAAAAGAAACCUCACCAUAAAUUUCUAAUAAAACGAAUUUCAUAUUUGUAAAAAUUCAAGUCCAAUUUAUUUGAAUGCAAUCUAUACUAUUUGUUUUUUGUAAAUACCAUUAUAGGGAAAGAGCCCAGAAUAAGCAGAGAUACAGCAGCAUGCAGUCUUCUCUAUUACUAUUGUCGGCUAAUGCCUACGUGUGUUAACACAUGAAACGCGUUAGGAGGAGAAAUGUUGGGGAAAUAAAGUUACUUUUUAAUCCACCCCUGGCCUCUGGUUUGUGAAAGUGCACGCAACAGUUUUGAAGGGAUUGUCGGCUAAUAAUGUCUAUUUAUCUCAGUAAGACAUAAAAGGGACGUUUCACUUGGAAAUGAAAUGGUCCUGCAAUAAUCUGCAUGCUGCAUUAGGUAAAAGUGUACACCUGGAAUCCAUUUAAUCUCUGUGAAAUUUAUAUACAUGAAAAAGGUUGCACUUUUUACAGAAUUAUUAGUAUAUAUUAUUAAAAGUGCAAACUUGGAACAAAUGCUUUCUUUUAAAGUGAUAUGACAUGUUGUAUAAAAGGCACCUUUAAUUGUGUUUCUGCCUCCAAUUGUGCACAAUCCCCCUCCCUUUAAAGCUUUGCCUAAACAUUGAUUUACACUGGGUAUUCUCUUCCCAACUGGCUCCUGUACUGGGACCUCCCUAUGAUCGUGGUUUUUCAAUUAGCAUUGUGCGGCUAUGGACAGAAUAAGCAGAACUGCAGGGAUGGGGAGAUGUGGCUCAUUGCCCAAUCCAUGGCCAAUUAAAGACAUCAGUAAGUGACAGUCAGAUUGGGAUUCUUUGGGGGGGGAAUAUGCAAGUGUCGGUAAGUACACAGUUCUUAAAGUGUCCAUUGUCAAAUUGUAAAAGUGUUGUAAGUACAACAAAUUCACAGAAGGUAUCAAAGUUUUAUAGAUUUGUCAGUGUUUACAAAUUUUAAAAAUUGUUAUAUAAAUGGUAAAUUGUGUUGUUACACCGUGAAAAUGUUUGUAUCAAAAAACUCUCUAUAUAGACUUAAUUGAUAUCCCACCCCCUCCCCCCAACAAUUUCAUUAUGGCGGGGACAAUUUGGCAGAAAAAUGUCAUGGGUAUGAUAAAUUCUCAAAAAUUGUGUACCUAUGACACAAAAUAUAGCAACUCCGACUUUUUACUUUUUUUUCUGUUAGGUAGAGGUGGAAAAUGACAGAGAAUUGUUCUGUGAAUUAGUCUACAUAUUUAUAAUACUUUUGUGUAUUCCCAUUUUUUAAAAAAUGGUAAAACCAUCCUAUUGGGUUAAUCUAAUGUUUAAAUGAUUUUUAGCAGACUUAUGGUUUAUUGAUCCAAAUGACAGAAAGUACCCUUAGGUGGAAAACCCCAGGUCCCGAGCAUUCUAUAUGAUGAAUUCUAAAACUUUUUAACAGAGACCAGUGAGCUUCAGCACAGAGCAGGGAGGACUUGGGGUUCUAACUUGAGGGCUGUUGGCUGUGAGAAUCAAGCGGGACUGGCAAUCAUUGGGUUCUAGCAAACGCUAGAGGGGCUGCUGUAAGAAGCCAUGGACUCUUACUAUUUAUUGGGUUGGCGGGGGGAUGUUUUGGGCCUCUGCGUACUUGAAAUGCCAGGGCCUAUUUGGAAUCCCAAGCCUGUUGGGAAGAGCUCAUCUGCCCGGUGUUAAACCCUCAAAGAACUUUCCCAGGCAGCAAUUGCUCUCCUGUUAUGUGUGUUCCAACUGCAGCCUCACAACAUUGUGUUUGUGAGUCUGAUUCAACCCUGCACAAAGAGUUUGUAUGCUCUCCCUGUGUCUGCAUUGCUUUCCUUUGGGUGCUCUGCUUUCUCUCUAAAUUCUAACAUCCAAAAAGCCAGGUUAUUUGGCCCCCGAUGCAACUGACAAUAGUUUGUGAAAAUGUUAAUUGGUAUGAUUUGUAUGUGUAUAAGUAUUUGUUAUUAUUGUAAUUACCAAUAGAAUGUUUUUGGUGCAAGUAUAAAAGACUGAACCUUUAUACACUUUUGCAACCCGUUCCUAUUCACAAAUCAUUUUCCACAGUCACCCAAAACCCUGUUUAUUGCUUCAUUUAUCUUGGUCUAUUAUCAAACAAUGCAGCGUUUCCCAUUGCAUACAAGGAGACAUUCCAUAUACGACCUGUACAAAGUGUGAUAGAGUUUACCACAGAAAAACUCACACUCUGUUCAUUCCUAUGGGAUUUUUAGAAUCAUAUUUAUCAAUUGGUAAAGCCAUUUUAUAAAUAUGAUUCUAAAAAUCCCUUAGGAAUGAACUGAGUGGGUGAAUUUUCUGUGGUGAGCUCUAACCUUCAAUACACAUUUUUAUAAAUCUGCCCCUUUGUGAUGACAUUAUAUUGAUACUUUUAUUAUCAAUAUUAACAGGUUUUCUAUGUGUGCUUUAUCUGAUAUAGAUUAAAUGGUUCUAUACUCUGGGAAGAUUGUGUGGUUGUAUUAGUCUUUCCUGUCUCCUGCAAGCACUUCCAGUGGCCAAGAUAAUAGACUAAAAGGUUAGACAGCUAGGACCACACAAUAUAUUCUUUAAUGUAAUAACGCUUUAAAUAAGUUUAACUGUGAGCUGAAGUUCUUUUUGUAGUUCGUAAGAAGGAGAAGUGUCUUAAAGGACAAGGAAAGUCCAAUAAACAUAAUUGAUCAUGUGAAAUAACUGACUAUAAGGUGUUCUUAAGUGCUCUUCAAUUACCUUAAGUCAUCAUCAUUAUUGUGCUGCAGAAGCUUUGUUGGAAAAAUAGCGCAGACUAGGGAAAUACCCAUAGGCCAGUUCUCUGUACCAAGACCGCAAUUCUGCGCAUUGUAAUCUAGAAGGCAACUGGAACAUGCGCACGAUUGUAACAAAUUACAUAGGUUGCACUCAGUUGCCAUAGCAAUGCGUUUUUUUUACAAAAGGAAGUGCGAUCUGCAGAGUUCAUUGCUUCAUUGUCUGCCUCGCUACUUGCCCGUAUUCGCUGCAGUACCACUAGACUACAGAAAAUAAUACCAUGAAUUAUGCAUUGUGGAUCAGCUGGCUGUAAAUGUGGCUCAUGUGCAGUGACAGAGCAUCUGCCAUCUUGACGACGAGGCACAAGGAACAUGGUGGCAGCAGCCACAGUGUAGGGGAAUAGUUUCCGAAGUGAAGGAGCCGCUAUUGAGGGAAACUAGUUCAGCAAUGGGUACAGCAAAGGGGUGUGCAUGAUAUGGGGAAUCUAUGAAAUAAAGGGUUUCCAUGUUCUUUAAAUGAUUUUCCAUUCUUAACCUGAAUUAGAUUCUAUAACUAUAAGUGGCUACAGUAAUAUAUAUAGGUAUAUACUCUAGCUGCUGGGCCUAUAUAUAACCAGCUCCCAGAGCUUGGCACAACCAAAAUAACUCUAUAUUAAGCUGUAGUCUUCUGCGUUCCUAUGUUGAUGUAGCGUGGCAGAGAAAAGUGGUCAACUCCAGCGCAGGAGCUCUGACUUAUCCAACUGUAGUGACCCAUUUCUAUAUAGCCAUCUCGUUUGCUGAUCCAAGCAAUGGAUGUGAAUUUGUGUACUUAUCCCAAAUGUGUGUAUGUGUGGCCAGCUUUACAAAUAAAUAGAUUUAGAGUAAUACAUCCAGAAAUAUCAGCACAGGCUAUGAUUACCUUUUGCUACCAAGGUUUGCCAUUGCAUUUGAACAGUGAAAUACGAAGUUCUGUAAAUAUAUAAGAUUUCAAAGGGACCAUUUUUAUGUUUUGUAGGGAACAGUGAAUCCAAGAUCCGGUUCCAGAAUCCUAGUAGUUUUUGCCAGAUUAAGAAUCCUCCAAAUAUUUUUUGGUGGCCUGUAUAUCAAAAUUUAAAUUUGUGCGUAUUUAUUAAGUUGAAAAAACUGAAACUCCGAUCUUAAAAACUUGAUCAACUAGAACUGUGAAAAAAAAACCCCUCAGACUCGGCAAUCUACUCCUUUUCAGUAAGUCUAGCAAUAGUGUUAGUUAUUUCUGGUGAGGUCUACAUUCAGAACUCUAACACUGAUUUGUGUAAUGUCCCGAGGAGGGAAUGGGGUGUCUGACCAAAUGUUGACAGUAGUUUGAAAGUGACAUGAUAAAAAGCCGUUGGAGGAUGCUGGGAUUUAGUGAUGUGUGGGUCAGGAAAAACUCAAUCUGCACUCGACCAUAACCCACAAAUCCUUAACCUGCACUCAACCCUAAGCCACAAAAUGUUGCCAUUGCAGGACUUGCACCCAAUCCAUACCCAUGUCAUCUUGUUCUGUACACUACUUCUGUGCCCGCCUCUGGUUCCAAAACAUGGAAUCUUCAGAAGCAGUGGAGGAGUGUACUUCCCCAGUCUGUCCCUCACCCAACCCUAACGUGCAAUGGGUGGCCAAAUUUCAACCUGAACCCAUACAUCACUACUGGGAUUAGUACUACACCAUCUACUCAUAUUGUAGAUGCAGAUAAUGAAUCUGAAUUUACUAUGUUAUAUGUAUUAAGAUAUUUUGUAGACAUUCACAGCUAAUUAUAUUGAGGGGUUUAUCAUUUCUUAAAGCGGACCUGUCACCUUCACAUAAAAAGUUGUAUAAUGAAAGUCCUUUACAAAAAAUGGAGCCCAAAUCUUCAUUAAAACAUCCAUACGUGUUAUAAUGAUAUUUAAAUAUCUGAGCUGUCAAUCAAAUAUUACCUGCCCCACCCCUAUGACCGAGGAAUAGAGGUGGGGCAGUCAAUUACUUUCAGUUUCCAUAUAGCACUUCCUACAUGUCACUGCUCUUGUCAUAUUCCCCCCUUCCUCCUCACGCUCUAUAAUUGUGUAUGGGCAAUAGGUCCCCCGUUUUGGUGCAUACAUAAGAUUUUGGGGUGAUAAUGUUUUAACAACAAAUUGCCACAAUAUGUCUCCUGCCUGCUUGAUGUGAUUGUGUAAUUCCAAGACUGAAGGAAACAAAUUCUAAAAAAUAAAGUGUUCAACUAAAAGGACAGUAAAGAAUUUGUAAUUAUAUCUUAGGUUGACAGGUCCCCUUUAAAGAUCCAUCUUUCAAAGGUUACUGCAUUUCCCUCGCUGGAUCAAAUCUGUUGUGGUGGUGGAAACGGUAGCAAUUGGUACAAAGCUAACCAUUUAAUUUUGCACCCUCCAUUCAUUGUAAAUACACCAUUCACGGACAUUGUCAUCAGCUGGAAAAGCUUUACACUAGAUCUUAUUGGUGCAGAAAUAAGUUGUAAGAGGCAGUUCUUCACAUUUACAGAUACAGCGGUAACACUAGCAAGGGACAAAAGUAAACUUGAUUACUAUCUACAGUAAUAUAUAAUAUCACUGGUGAUAUUGGUACGACCCUUACAACUCCAUCAACGGAAUAUGGGGGGGGAUGUAUAGUGAUUUCUCUGCCUUUUUUCCUGCAAACCUCAUAUUGCUACUGUGCAUUUAAAAAUACUUAAGACUCAUGUAUGAACAGAAAUUGAAGUGUUGCAGCAGGAUAAAUGAUGUGACCUUUUUGUAAAUCUGAUUGGAUAUGGUGUUCAUAUCAAAACUAUUGACUUAUCAAUGCAAAAUGAAUUCAGAAGCAUUAUGCACUAAUGAUUCUUGUAACUGUCACUACUGCAGAUCUAUACUUACCUCUGCCUCUUUUGCUUCAUUGGUUCUCAGGAGAGUGCUGGGUAUUUAAUAGGUACAUGUCUGAUGAAAUGCAAGAACUUGUAUACUUUGUACUAUUGAAUGCACAUAUACAGUAAUCUCAUGAAUACAAUUUGCUGUGUAGUAAUUCUGGCAAGCCAUUACUCCUCAAUCCCAGUGCUAUUCCGCAGGCUUUACAUAUCAAAGGUUGCCUUUUUAUGAGUAUUGGAAACGUUUUACACUGGUCUCAGUCUUGUCCAAUGUCUGAAUGCAGAUAUUUAGACGACUUUAACUGCUGACUUUAAUGACACCAUGUACAUUUGUGUAUAAAGACAAAUUGUAAAUAAAAUAUUUUUAAUCUUUAAUCAUGUGUACCCUUUCCUCUGAAUAUUUUUACAUCAGUGGUUAAUACCAUGGUACUUUGAAUAUAAACCCAUAUGCUACUGAUUGUGUGAUUACACACAAAAAGGCAGUUUAACCCCUUGUUCAACAGUGCUUGUGCUGAACAUACUUUUUCCUAUUGUGUUAAGCAAGAAAAAUAUACGUUCGCUCAUUUGGAUGAAGCCAUUCGGCGAAACGCGUCAGCGAUAGGACGAGAGUGUGGAAGCGGCAGCCGUUGACCCCACGAAACUACACUGGACUAAGGCGAAUGAAUCGGACGGUUCAGUUGCGCAAAGGAUUCGGAACAAUAGACCGGAAUGCCACAUUGGUUUUAAAGCAAUUUUAUUGGGGGAAUGCUUGUGAGUGCAAUUUUGAAUUGUUUAUUAAAUUUUUUAUAACGCUUCCACACGUUACUUCCUUUUUACCCACUAAAGUUUUAAGUAGAAUGAAAUCGGACUGAGACACUCAAAUUACAUAUGUCUGUAUCAACUUACUUCUUGUAAGUAUAAACACCUGCCAGACACACUAGGAUUGGAGUGUGGGCUUCUGUGCAACUAUAGACAUCACAGGUGUCAAAAUUUGGAUACUAUAGCUGAAACACCUCUAGCACCACUUAAGUUACGGACUUUUACACUGGUUAAAUUUUAAGUGCAUGAAUUUUAAGUACAAAUUAUUCACAUGCAGGUAUAUUGGAACAUAGCAAGUUCACUAAAAAUAUCGUAAUUUAUUUAGAAAUACUGCACUAUAUAUAUUUUAUCUGUUUUAUUCCCCCUCAAAACCUUUUGGUUUUUGAGGAAUACAGCAAUCUCUUGUGGAAAUUGUCUUUUUUUGAAGGUGGAGGAGAGCCCUGCUGAUUGCCUGAUAGGAGAAACACCUUUCGUUCUAGAGGAUUAACUACUUGACUAAGAAAAAUAUAUGUAUUUUGUGAUUUGUUGAGCUAAACAGGAUAAGUGAAGCUACACCAUGUUUCGUUCUUGCAGGAUACACCCUCCCGUUCCCCCCUUUGCUUUGAGUGUUCUGAUAGCAGGAGUCCAUUAUGCAGGGGGAUUAUCUGUAACGGAUAUCUAAUUUUAUAUAUAUAUAUAUAAAUAUAUAUAUAUAUGAAUAUAUAUCUCCAAAAAAACCACACUACUCAGGUCUUAUACCAAUUUAAAAUAAAGCGUUUUUAAUGGCACUAUUACUAUUUACUAUUGAAUGCACAUAUACAGUAAUCUCAUGAAUACAAUUUGCUGUGUAGUAAUUCUGCCAAGCCAUUACUCCUCAAUCCCAGUGCUAUUCCGCAGGCUUUACAUAUCAAAGGUUGCCUUUUUAUGAGUAUUGGAAACUUUUUACACUGGUCUCAGUCUUGUCCAAUGUCUGAAUGCAGAUAUUUAGACGACUUUAACUGCUGACUUUAAUGACACCAUGUACAUUUGUGUAUAAAGACAAAUUGUAAAUAAAAUAUUUUUAAUCUUUAA